UUUUCUUUGCCCUUUAUUAGGAUUGCUUAAUCAAAUCUAUUCCAACUCAUUCAAACGCGGCUGCUUUUGAAUGAGUGAACAGAAUGAGAGGAUAGUCUUCCUGAAAAUUUGGACUUGGUUUCUUUACGGUGAUGGAUUUGUAAUAACGAGCACCAAGAUGGCUAUUUUGUGUGCUUUUCUCUUAAAGAAGAGAAUUGAUUCUCCCUGCAGCCACCUCCCUCCCGCCCAGUUUUAAACUAAUUGUAUAGGAAUGAAAUCGUGUUUUUUCCUGAGAGACUUGAAAAGGAUGACUCUACAAAAACAAGCAAAGGCGCCCCCGCUGGAGUUGAGAUAAGCCGAAGUGUGCGUGAGCAUAAAGUCACAUGGCAGAGGCUUUCCACGUAGUCUGCGACAGGGAGCUGUUUCAUUUUGUGUCUGGCAGAGUUGCCCCCCGGAAAACCCUGGCUUCCUGCCUAAAGCUUCAUUAUGGAUGACUGUACAGUGAGCAUGUUUUUGAACACAUUAACACCGAAGUUCUACGUGGCCCUGACAGGCACUUCCUCACUAAUAUCAGGGCUUAUUUUGAUAUUUGAGUGGUGGUACUUUCGCAAAUAUGGAACAUCCUUUAUUGAACAAGUCUCAGUGAGCCACUUGCGCCCCCUCCUGGGAGGGGUUGACAAUAACUCUUCCAACAGUUCCAACUCUAGUAACGGGGACUCGGAUUCCAACAGGCAGAGUGUCUCAGAAUGCAAAGUAUGGCGAAAUCCACUAAAUUUAUUUAGAGGCGCAGAAUAUAAUCGGUAUACUUGGGUGACAGGACGAGAACCUCUGACUUAUUACGACAUGAAUCUCUCUGCCCAGGACCACCAGACAUUCUUUACUUGUGACUCAGACCAUUUGCGCCCAGCAGACGCAAUAAUGCAGAAAGCCUGGAGAGAAAGAAAUCCCCAAGCUCGGAUUUCUGCAGCCCACGAGGCCUUAGAGAUAAAUGAAAUUAGGUCCAGAGUUGAAGUUCCCCUAAUUGCUUCCUCUACCAUCUGGGAGAUAAAAUUGUUACCAAAGUGUGCUACUGCUUAUAUUCUCUUGGCUGAAGAGGAAGCGACAACCAUUGCUGAAGCAGAAAAGCUAUUUAAACAGGCCUUGAAGGCUGGGGACGGCUGUUACCGGCGUUCUCAACAGCUCCAGCAUCAUGGAUCCCAGUAUGAAGCCCAACACAGACGAGACACCAAUGUCUUGGUCUACAUCAAAAGAAGGCUAGCAAUGUGUGCCAGAAGACUCGGGAGGACGAGGGAAGCAGUGAAAAUGAUGAGAGAUUUGAUGAAGGAGUUUCCCCUUCUGAGCAUGUUCAAUAUUCAUGAAAAUCUUUUAGAAGCCCUUCUGGAACUACAAGCAUAUGCUGAUGUUCAAGCAGUCUUAGCAAAGUAUGAUGAUAUAAGUUUACCAAAGUCAGCGACAAUAUGCUACACAGCUGCAUUGCUCAAAGCAAGAGCUGUCUCUGACAAAUUCUCUCCUGAAGCUGCAUCUCGGCGGGGGCUGAGCACAGCAGAGAUGAAUGCAGUAGAGGCCAUUCAUAGAGCUGUGGAAUUCAAUCCUCAUGUGCCAAAAUAUCUACUAGAAAUGAAAAGCUUAAUCCUACCCCCAGAACAUAUCCUGAAGAGAGGGGACAGUGAAGCAAUAGCAUAUGCGUUCUUCCAUCUGGCACACUGGAAGCGGGUAGAAGGAGCUUUGAAUCUUUUGCAUUGUACGUGGGAAGGCACUUUCCGGAUGAUCCCUUAUCCUUUGGAAAAGGGACACCUUUUUUAUCCUUAUCCAAUCUGUACAGAAACAGCAGACCGAGAGUUGCUUCCAUCUUUCCAUGAAGUCUCAGUUUACCCAAAGAAGGAGCUUCCCUUCUUUAUUCUCUUUACUGCUGGACUGUGUUCCUUCACAGCUAUGCUGGCCCUCUUGACACACCAGUUUCCAGAACUUAUGGGGGUCUUCGCAAAAGCUUUUCUUAGCACUUUGUUUGCCCCCUUAAACUUUGUCAUGGAUAAAGUGGAAAGCAUACUGCCAUCCAGUUUGUGGCACCAGCUGACGCGGAUCUAGGGAAGCUGCGCAUCCUUCUACUCACAUCACCCAGUGGGCUGCUGCCGCCUCUUCUGUGCCAAUGCGUCAUGGACGAGAGAAAGCAUGACUUUGAAAAAGGGAAGCCAUUCCGAGGUUUUAAGAUGUUCAUGGACAGUCUAUUCCAUAUUAAAAGCGGUUUUUGUUGUACAAAAUCCAUUGAUGUUCAGUUCUAUUAUAUUUUGCCUUCAGAAAAGACAAAAAAAUUAAAAAUAAACAUUUUGUGUAUUGCAGCAA